AUGACGGUCUCCGACACGGAUCCGCUUCUGUUGAAGAGGCCUCACCCUCCCAUACAGCCAGGCAAAGCUCCCCUCUCGCCCCUUUUUGACUCCUGCAAAGACCUUCACCGGCUAAUCCCCAUAACAGCACCAUGGACGAAAGCCCACCUUUCCCCCACCCCAGAUGAUCCGAAGCGUCGUCUCCCGCAGGCCAUUGCCCACCGCGGCUUCAAGGCCUUGUACCCGGAGAAUACCAUGGCCGCUUUCACCGCCGCCGUUGCCGCCGGGACCCACGCCAUCGAGACCGACCUUCACCUCUCCUCAGACGGCGUCGUGGUCAUCUCACACGACCCGAGCCUGAAACGCUGCUACGGCGUCGACAAGCUCCCGCACGAGCCCAUCCCCCGAUUCGUCCAUCUCCUCAACUUCCUGGCCCGACCCGAAUAUGCCCACGUUUGGCUUCUUCUGGACCUGAAGUUGACCAACACCGCCGACGAACUCUUUGCGGCCAUGUCCCGCGAUCUUGAGGCCGUGUCUCCGCCAAAGGACAUGCCCUGGGACAAGCGCGUCGUCAUGGGGUGCUGGAACCAACCCUUCCUCAACGCUUCGCUCUCAGUCCUACCCACUUACUCAACAGCACACAUCUCCUUCUCGCCCCUGGACUCAUCCCGCUUUCUGCGCGACCCAGCCUACGCCGGUCUCUCCUUCGCCCUCCUCCAGCCCACCCUCGUCGGGCCCUGGGCCAGCCGCUUCCUCCGCGCCGUCCGCGCCGCCCCGGACGCCCACAGCCGCCAGUUCUUCGUCUGGACCGUCAACGAAGUCGAGUGGAUGGACUGGGCCAUCCGCACGGGUGUUGACGGCGUCAUCACUGACGACCCGGCGACCUUCCUGCAAGUCCGGAGCCGGUACGAAGUCGACGGUCGAGCGAACGCGACACGGCGGCAACAGGUGACAGACGAUAGCCCAGAAUCCUUCCUUGCUGUCGUCCCUCCACCGACGAGCUGGGGGCGCUGGGCGAGGUUGUAUCUUCGGGUUGUCACCGUCCAGUUGCUGUUCACCGUCUUGGCGCCGUUCUUUCUGCGGUCGAAGCGUUUCAAGUUCACCAAGAUGGGGAAUUGA